CGCCCCGUGCUACAAAUAAGCUGUAGCCAUUAGCCAACUGUAGUUGCCGAGACACGACCUAGAAGCUGUGCUGUUCUGAGAUAACUCGGUGGACUUGCUGUUAGCUAAACACGGCUAAAGAAAACCUGCUACCACUUCAGGAUCAUCCAUCAGCUGGGACUGAUUCAUCGUGUGUUCUUCACCACCUGGACCUGGACAGCAUGGACACAGAUUUUCAACAGAUGGUUCUGGUUAAAGAAGAAGCUUCAGAAGAACAGAGUACUCGUGUCAACCACCAGCACCUAGAUUUUCUCCACAAAAAGGAGGAACAAGAGAAACUCUGGUCUAGUAUGGAGGGAGAGCAUCUCCAUUUGAAUAAGGAGACUGAUGCUGCCAGGUUUCAAUCCUUUAGCCAAAAAACACCUUUAAACAAACGCACGAGAGUCCAGACAAAGCAGAAACAUUUUGCCUGUGAGCACUGUGGACAAAGGUUUCACCAAAAGACUAAUUUAACCACACACAUGAGAGUCCACACAGGACUGAAGCCCUUUCCUUGUGAGCUCUGUGGAAAGAAAUUUAGCUUAAAGUCGACUUUAAACACACACAUGAGAGUCCACACAGGAGAGAAGCCCUUUCCUUGUGAGCUUUGUGGAAAGAAAUUUAGCUUAAAGUCAACUUUAAACAGUCACAUGAGAGUCCACACAGGAGAUAAGCCCUUUCCUUGUGAGCUCUGUGUAAAAAGAUUUAGACGAAAGACACGUUUAAACAGUCACAUGAGAGUCCACACAGGAUUGAAGCCCUUUCCUUGUGAGCUCUGUGGAAAGAAAUUUAGCUUAAAGUCAACUUUAAACACACACAUGAGAGUCCACACAGGAGAGAAGCCCUUUCCUUGUGAGCUUUGUGGAAAGAAAUUUAGCUUAAAGUCAACUUUAAACAGUCACAUGAGAGUCCACACUGGACAGAAGCCUUUUGCUUGUGAGCUCUGUGGCAAUAGAUUUAGUGAAAAGGGAACUUUAAACAAACACAUGAGAGUCCACACAGGAGAGAAGCGUUUCGCCUGUGAGCUCUGUGGUAAUAGAUUUAGUGAAAAGGGAAGUUUAAACACACACAUGAGAGUCCACACUGGAGAGAAGCCUUUCGCCUGUGAGCUCUGUGGUAAUAGAUUUAGUGAAAAGAGAAGUGUAAACACACACAUGAGAGUCCACACUGGAGAGAAGCCUUUCGCCUGUGAGCUCUGUAGUAAUAGAUUUAGUGAAAAGGGAAGUUUAAACAAACACAUGAGAGUCCACAGAGGACAGAAGCCUUUCACCUGUGAGCUCUGUGUAAAAAGGUUUAGCCGAAAGACAAAUUUAAACAGUCACAUGAGAGUCCACACAGGAGAGAAGCCCUUUCCUUGUGAGCUCUGUGGAACAAGAUUUAGCCAAAAGACACGUUUAAACAGUCACAUGAGAGUCCACACAGGAGAGAAGCCCUUUCCUUGUGAGCUUUGUGGAAAGAAAUUUACCUUAAAGUCAACUUUAAACAGUCACAUCAGAGUCCACACUGGACAGAAGCCUUUUACUUGUGAGCUCUGUGGUAAUAGAUUUAGUGAAAAGGGAACUUUAAAAAAACACAUGAGAGUCCACACAGGAGAGAAGUGUUUUGCCUGUGAGCUCUGUGGUAAUAGAUUUAGUGAAAAGGGAAGUUUAAACACACACAUGAGAUUCCACACAGGACAGAAGCCUUUUGCUUGUGAGCUCUGUGUAAAAAGAUUUAGCCGAAAGUCAUAUUUAAACAGACACAUGAGAGUCCACACAGGAGAGAAGCGUUUCGCCUGUGAGCUCUGUGGUAAUAGAUUUAGUGAAAAGGGAAGUUUAAACACACACAUGAGAGUCCACACAGGACAGAAGCCUUUUGCUUGUGAGCUCUGUGUAAAAAGAUUUAGCCGAAAAUCAAAUUUAAACAGACACAUGAGAGUCCACACUGGCUUUCGCCUGUGAGUUCGGGGGAAAAGAUUUACCCUAAAGAUCAGUUUAAACGGUCACAAAAGAGUCCAUAAAGGACAGAAGCCCUUUGCUUGUGAGCUCUGUGGACGAAGAUUUAGCUGAAAGAAAACUUUAAACAAUCAUCUAAGCAUCCACUAGGGCUGAACGAUCUAUUGCAGGGGUCUCCAACCUUUUUUUGGCCCGUGAGCUACUUUUACACAAUGAAGUACAGCAGAGUUACUGCCAUAUGAUUUAUUUACAUUGAUACUUUCCAUGUGUGAAUGUGCUUAUGUUAAACAUGCUAUACUUACUAUAUUAACAUGCAUUGUACUCACAAGUUGAUUUCUCUGUAUUUCAGUACAUCAGUAUAUAUAUAUUAAAAGUAUAAGUAAACUAGUGACAUUCUGAAAACCAAAUUAAACAAAACAUAUUUAGUUUUUUAAACUAAUCGGAUACUUUCAGAUAAUGAAUAACAAAUCUACUUCAUGUGAAUGGUUUGGUAAUUUUUUUAGAAGGUUAGUAACAUAACUUUUUAAGCGCACAAGAACAGCUAACCUGUAAAACUGAUGAUAUGUUAAAUAAAAUACAAGCUAAAUGUGACGAAAACACAAAAGUCUAAAUAGUGAAGUAAAAAAAAUGUAAAAUCAGAAAUAAGACUUGUUUCUGCUCUCCUGAUGUACUGAAUAAUUUUUAUGGGGUUUUUUUUUUUUUGGUCAUGAAAGUUAAGUUUUGCUGCGUUUAUUGCUGACAAUAUGAAGGUUGGAGGUUUAUCCUUUUUUUCUGCAUCUUGUAGGUUUUUUUCUCCACACGUCUCUAAAUAAUGUAAAAUUUUCUAGUGCCGAGUGGAGACAACCCAUAGAAGCACUGAUUUGAUCUCAUUUCAGAGAAAAAUAGAACCGGUUAGAUGCACCUAAUAAAUAAAAUUAUAACAAACUCAGGAAUCUGUUUCUUUGCUUCACUGUUCUGGUGCUGAGAAUAUCACUAAUGUGGAUCAAAGGAGGUACACAGAUGAAUGCACCUCUUAUUUAUUAUUUGGAGACUACAUUUACUGCAGCUGGCAGAGGCAGAGAUUUUUUCUAUUGAUACACGGAAUUUACAGAAUCAUUUUAAAUGUUAAUAGGGGAAGACUGCAGGAGGGAGCGGUAAAAUACAGGGGGUCCCCAGCAAAAACAAACUUUAUGAUGAAACCCGCUGGUUUUCCAUCAGGCAGUCACGGGGCAGCUCCAACGACCCAGUGGCUGUGCUGGGUCAAUGUUAUCGAGCUCAGUCCGGCUCGGCCGUGAACGAGCUGAGGCGAUGUCUUGCUCUGCUUGAAGAGGUGUUAUUUUCCUGCUUCAGAAGAAGCGUUCAACGUGUUUUUACGCUUUCUCCGAGACAUGUUAUGUCGCUAAGUUGUUAGCGCCGCGCGAUAACACGUCAAUGGUGCAGCGUAGCCUGCUGGAGGUUUUAAGGGUUCAGAUGAAAACACCCGACCUCUCAGGCUGCUCACACAUCGAUCUUAAGUUGUCGCUGUUGCGCUCACGCCGUAAUACAGUAUUAGAUGCGGUUAAAGUCAGACAUGAAAAAAAAUCUUUUACAUGAAUUAGUGAUGCUUAUCCUGGUGGGGGGAGGAAACCCUGUCAAGAUCGUCAACGCUCGUUUAUCUUAAUGCUAUUGAAACAUGUAAACCAAAAAGCAUUAUAUCCACUGCUACCUUUAUGCUGUAACUUCACCCUGCCCUGCCUGCUCCUCCUUGCUGCCUGCUGACUGUGAUCACAAGCAACAACAUAGUAGUUCCCGCUGCUUCCUCGUGAAACUGCUAAAAAAAAAAAUCAAAACUUGGGAUCUUGUAGACGUGGCGGUGGGAUUUCAGCCGUGGCGGCCCGCCACGACUGCGCCUAUGUAAGGGAAACCCUGGUGUAGUUAUUGUGUAAAGCAGUAUAUACUAGGAAUGAUUAAUAAAAAUAAAAACUAGAAUUGAACCUGAGUUACAUAGUAAUAACAAUUUAAGAACUCAGAAACAAUAAUACACUAACUUACUAAGAAAUUACCAUGUAAGUACUAAGUAAUUAGAGGACUGUAAAAGAAAGCGCUACCAAUAAUUGUACUUAAUAUGCUUUUAUUUUUGUGUGCUAUGUUCUGUGUCAAUAUUCUUUGAUUUUAUUUUACACAACAUGAUGUGACAUUUUAACUAUUUCAUUUCACUUGUGAUUGUUUUAAGUAUGUGAAGCACAUUGGGCUACCGUUUUGUGUAUGAAAUGGGCUAUAUAAUAAACUUGACUUGAGAGAGAGUUCACAAUCAUGUUUUGUUACUAAAUGAGACACUCAGCUGAAACUGGGGGAAAUAUAUGAUGAAUCUAAAUCACAGGAGAUGUCCAGAGUUUUUAAAGCUCGUGUUCAUCAUGUUGUGGGGGACCACAAAGAGGCUACACUCGCACCCAGUUCUUGGUACCACAGACGUAUAUAUUGACUUGGGACUAUUUGUAUGUAAAUAUUGUUGACUGCUUGGCCGCUUGAUCAGAACCAGAAACGUAUGUGUAACAGACCAUCUGGGUGUUCAAGGGGCCGUAUGUGGAGGGCCACACAGAGGCUACGCUCACACCCAGUUCUUUGGACUGUUUGUAUGUAGAUGUAGCAGGACUGGUUGGUGUCUCAACCAGUUGAUCGGCCAGCCUAUCACACAUAUUAAUCAAACCAGCCCACCAUUAAAACAUUACAGAUAACAACAACUCUACUGCUUGUACUAUAAGAUUAAUGCACACAAUUUAAUUUAAGACAUUUAACUGCAUGUGUGCGCGUGUGUGUUUGCACUGAAUGUGUUUGUGCACAUGGUUCACAUGUGUGUAGGGUUAAUCUACAUACUAGAACUAACGCUGUUGCUAUCAGCUUUGUUAGAUUCUGAGAAAGACAAACAAGUUAACAUAUGAAGCUUCUAUCUUAUAUAAACAUCUAGGACAGUGGUUCCCAAACUUAUUUAGCCGCGCACACCCCAGCCCCCACAUCAGGGCAUGGCUAUCGAUUAUUAUAUAUAUAUAUA